AUCCGGCCUCCAUCAUGUCUUCUCCUUCUUCUUCUUCCUAACCGAAAGAGAGAGAGGGGGAAAAGAGACAUGGAGAACAAUUGAACAGCUGGGACGUGUUCUUUGGCAUAUACACAUUCAACUCAUUCUUCCCUUUCUCAAUUAAAUCUCAUUAACCAUCUUCCCUUUUGAGGUUCCUGCAUACUUUUUUUUUCUGUAGAAAUGUUCAUGCGACACUUCAAUUGCCCUUGAUCCGACAUGUUCUUCUUCGUAAAUAUUCCUCCAUGAUAACGGCCGCCUUAUCGAGCUUCUUGAUCUCAUUUCAUACGUCAAGAGGGCACGUGGGAGAGUUGUGAAGAUGGGGCGAGAAACUGUUUCUGACAAACCGUCAGGAUGCGGCUUAUUCCAUGCGGUUUUUGGGAAACGCACGAUCUGGCCGAGGAGGACGACCUCGAUGGUUGACCUGUCAGCACCGCCAAUGACGGCCCAGAAUGUUGUCAGGUCUCCCAGCACCCCGAAUUCAAGGCGGCGGCAAGGUGGCUCUGAUGAGGCAGCAUUCCUCAAUGGAGUCCAUAACAAAGGGUCGGAUUGUCCUCCUAAACCAAAUCCUAGAACUUCAACGGGAACUAACCAACGGAAGAAUCAGGGCGCGCACCAUCAAAAGCAAAUAGGCCCGAGCAGGGUCUCCGAUGAAGCGGCUGCCCCUACUAGGGACGUUCCAGUACCGAGCGGCCAAAGUUCUGUUGUCGGGAAAGACCGAAAGGUUCCAAAGGGAGCCAUUGGAAUAUCAGGCGAGCUCGAGAGCAUGAUCGCCGACCAUCAGAAAUCGAGAGGGAGAGCCAAUCUUGUUAGGGCUUCAUCGAGCAAUGUUAUGCUAAUCGGGAAUUUGGGCAACUUAAGGCAACAAGGAACAGGCAACAAUAAUAUUCCUAGAGGGGAGCAUAGCCCCAACGUCAAUGGCAGCAAGUACGCAAAUUAUAAUGGGAUUGGCAAUAUAGUGAAGAAACCGGCAUUGAAUAAUCACGAGCCAUCAUCAAAGCCGAAUGGAGGAGCAAAGCUUGCGGCUUCUAUGUGCCGCGCCUUGUCCACAAGAAUGGAUCCCGAGCAACUGAAGAUCAUGGGCAACGAGGACUACAAGAACGGGAGAUUCGCCGAAGCUCUGGCUUUAUAUGAUGCGGCAAUCUCAAUCGAUCCAGACAAGGCUUCGUACAGGAGUAACAAGAGCGCAGCCUUGACAGCCCUUGGCCGGCUCCUGGAGGCGGUUUUUGAGUGCAGGGAAGCCAUUCAGAUCGAACCUCGCUAUCAUAGAGCUCACAACCGUCUUGGGACCUUAUAUUUGAGAUUGGGGGAAGCAGAGAAGGCGAUCUACCACUACAAACAAGCUGGGCCCGAAGCAGAUCCAGAAGACAUUUCCAAAGCCAGAACUCUUCAGACUCAUCUCAGCAAAUGCACCGAGGCUCGAAAGCUCAGGGACUUGCACACUGUGAUCAAAGCAAGUGAACUUGCUAUCACUGCCGGCGCAGAUUCAGCUCCACAGAUGUAUGCAUUGCAAGCCGAGGCCUUGUUGAAGCUUCACAGGCACCAAGAUGCAGACGAAGCGCUCGGGAAAAGUCCAAAGUUUGAUGUCGCUGAGUGCACAAAGUUCUUCGGCCCCAUCGGGAACGCGAAUCUGCUGGUGGUACGAGCUCAGGUGGACAUGGCUAUGGGCAGAUUUGAGGAAGCUUUAGAGGCAGCACAACGAGCGGUUCGGCUUGAUCCGAACAACAAGGAAGCGAGCACGGUGGCAAAAUGGGCUCGAGCAGUGGCGGUGGCUCGGUCCAGAGGGAACGAGCUGUUCAAGGCACUGAGAUUUAGCGAGGCCUGCGUAGCCUAUGGAGAGGGGCUUGAGCAUGAUCCAUAUAAUUCGGUCCUGCUUUGCAACCGAGCGGCUUGCCGAGUCAAGCUGAGCCAGUACGAGAAGGCAGUUGAGGAUUGUACCGUGGCAUUGAAUUUGCGGCCGGCUUAUAGCAAGGCUCGAUUGAGAAGAGGCGAUUGCUAUGCUAAAUUGGAGAAAUGGGAAGCCUCGAUAAGAGAUUACGAGAUGUUGAUGAGUGAGACACCGGAAGAUGAAGAGAUACAGCAAGCACUCUCAAAGGUCCAGGCUCAGCUUCAUCAACAGCAGCAGCAGAGCAACUGGACACCGUAGAUCACCCGGUUUUUACCUCUACUAUCGCAUUCUAUCUAUCGAGAUUUAUUAGGAAGAUUUGAUUUGUUUUGAUUAAUUAGGAAGGGAUUUGGUGGUGGAUUUUUCGGUGUGUGAAGAAGUUAUAUAGCCAUAUAGACAGUCGCAAUUUUCUCUGUAUAUUAUUUCAUUGUUCUCCCCUACGUGUGAUUUUGCUGCCAACGUGUGUUCCUUUCUUGAGGAUCAAUACCAGUGUUCAGGUGAA